AUGGCCAGCAAGAUCAUUGCGUCAGCUACUGUAAAAGCUGUCAAAGGUAGAAAAAUAUUGCCUACAAGAGCUGCUCUAGUAUUAACUCCAAAUGCUGUUGAGAAAAUUAAACAAAUUUUAUCAGCGAGAAGCGAUUGUAUAGGUCUCAAAGUUGGUGUUAGGCAACGCGGUUGCAAUGGCUUAAGUUACACUCUGGAUUAUGCAACAGAAAAAGGAAAAUUUGAUGAAGAAGUUGUUCAAGACGGAGUCCGUGUCAUUAUUGACAAGAAAGCUCAGCUUACUCUCCUUGGGACCGAAAUGGACUUUGUUGAGUCCAAGCUAGCUGCUGAAUUUGUUUUCAAUAACCCAAAUAUUAAAGGCACCUGUGGUUGUGGGGAAAGUUUUUCUGUAUGA